UCUGUCAAACAGAGCUGGUCGCGUGUCUUUGCCUCUAGCGAAGGCUUUCUGACACCUAAGGAAGGCGUGGGUGGAUUGUGGAAACAACAUGUGGCGUGGGGUGAUAUGGUGACAGGCCAUGUCAACAGCGUCGUGUACAACAAGUACGCCGAGGCUUCCCGUAUCAACUGGAUACGCGCAUUAGAGGACUACCGCAAGGAUAAUACUAAAGAAGAAAAGCAAAUGUACCUCGACUUCUUGACACCCCAGUCAACUGGCCUCGUUCUGCGCAGCAUCAAGACCCAUUUCAAGUUUCCCCUCACAUACCCGGACCGUGUGAGUGUGUUUCACAAAAUCGUCAAGCCUCCUGAACCAGGCUCGGAUAACAUGAUUCUCGAGGCCCUCAUCGUCUCCGAGUACCACUGCAGAGUCGCUGCCAGAUUGUUCGAGGAUCUCGUCGUCUACGACCAC